UGCUUCUCUUAUUCACUGAAUUGUCCCAGGGGAUGCAGCGGAGGGAUCAUUACCCAUAACAGGCAGGGCUUGCAACGAGAAUGGGUGUGUCUUGGCAUCGGCCGAGUGAUGAUUAAUUAGGGUUGCUUGCAAAUCAGUGAACAACAAUGAGUCGACCCAGGCUAUGAACAGUUAUAAAGGCUUAUAAAGCCUUCCACGACGAUAUGACCAUUCUUCUAGUUGCAUUCUUCGUUCUUCAGUACGAGAUACCGUCACCUGUCUCUUCACUGUAACUUGUUUCUCCCUUUCUGGGGUUUCAACAUCACCAUAAUGGGCCUCUUUCAGCCAAAGGUCAUGCCUCUCCCUCACGGUAUCGACCUUACAGGCAAAACCGCCGUAGUUACUGGUGCAACUGCAGGCCUUGGCCUCGAAACAGCCCGUCAAAUCCUACGCCUUAACGUCUCAACCCUCGUCCUCGCAGUUCGAAAUACCGAGAAGGCACAGUCCUGCGUCGCCGAUCUCUUCAGGGAUGCGGAUAUCCAAGCCCGUUUGACUCGGCCCGAUAUCCACGUUCUCGAGUGCAACAUGGAGCAAUACAGCAGCGUGAAAUCUUUCUCGGCGAAGUUGAAGGAGAGUAUUCCGCGCGUCGAUAUCCUCAUCCUUAACGCGGGGAUCCACAGCUUCGUCUAUGAGAAGACCUCGGACGGCCAUGAGAAAGCCUUGCAAGUAAACUAUCUAUCCAAUGUUCUCCUCCUCGCCGAGCUACUGCCAUUCCUUGAAUCCACAGCCGAGCAAACCGGCUCGGCCGUGCGCAUAACCUGGCUCGGCAGCCGCACAUACUAUCUCAGCAACAGCCUCGAGAAGUCCGAUAUCCUCACAUACGGCGGCGGGAUCCUGCAAUACAUGGAUUCAGAGAAGGCGUCUGCCAGCGCUGGGAUGAACCAGUACUCUGAUCGAAAACUUCUCUGCGCGCUGUUUGUCUAUGAGCUUGCGUCCCGACUGAACAGGGACAAGGUUACUCUCAACCUGGUUUGCCCUGGCAUGGUUAAGACGGACCUAGGCAGUAAUGGGCCAUUGUGGAUUCGGACGCUGAUUGAAAUUGUCAAGAUACUCCGGGCUAGGCCGGUCGAAGUUGGCGGAUGGCUUGUGCUCAAUGCGGCGGUUGUUGCCGGGAAGGAGAGCCAUGGGAGCUUGAUUGGGGAUAAGGAAGUUACCGAGCCUACCAAGUUUAUCAAGUCGAGCGCUGGGCAGGAGCUGCAGAAGCGGCUCUGGAAGGAGACAGUUGAGGAGAUGGCCACGCUGACGGAACUGCUUUCAGCUUUUGUCUAAUAUCUACCAAGCUAUCACCUAAAUAUUGU